CUUUUCAACGCGUCACCCAACAUUUUCACUGAUUAUAAGCAUGGCCGAAGAAUCAACCAACAAGCGGAAGCUUGGUGACGGAGAGACUUCUUCUAAUCGACCUUCCAAAAAGACUGCCAAACAUGGCUCUUCCGGCAAAAAGCAGUGGCGCACUCCACAAGGGACCCAGACCCAACAUGGCGCUGAGAAUCACCGCAUCGAGGCUGGUGACGUAGGUAUCUUCGCUACCUGUAACAUGAAGCAGGAGAGAAAAUGCAUCGCUGAGCUGAGAGACUUGUUUGAUGAGUAUGCUCAGCAGAUCUACAACAUUCGCGACGACGAGCCUGCUGGCGAUCGAGAUACACCAAAAGACAUCUCGGCAGAAAUUGCCAACGAGCUCGAGAGGAUCAAGUCAAGCAAGACCGACGGCCUGUUCACUAAUAUCAAAUUGGAUGUUGAGUGCGUGGUCUUCAUGAAAACACGCGAGCCAGUGGAGCCCGUAUCUUUCGUGCAUCAGAUCUGCAAGGAUGCUGCCGUCUCACACCGCAAGCAAAAUCGAUUCAUCAAAAAGCUGAUGCCCGUGACUUUGUUUGCCAAGGCCAAUGAGAAAGGUCUUGACGAGAUAUCACAGAAAGUUCUCGCGCCACAUUUUCAUAGAGAAGGCGCCGCAAGCAAGAAGUUUGCGAUCCGACCGAAUUUCCGCAAUCACACCGUCAUGAAGAGAAACGAUGUGAUCAAGCGCAUCGCCGCUGCUGUUGGGCCUGGCCAUGCAGUUGAUCUGAAGAACUACGAUCUUCUGAUUCUGGUGGAGGUCUACGAGAAUGUCCUUGGAAUGAGUGUGGUUGGAGCUGAUUACGAUCAAUUGAAGCGGUAUAAUCUUGCUGAACUAUAUCAGCCGGAAGGCGAAGAUGAAUGAGCCUGGUAAAUUGGCAAUAUGCCGUAUCAUUCUUCAAAGGGCUCUGUCAUCCGACUCACACCUGCAUGUUUCGAAGAGAUCUCAGGCAAGGAUUGGGGCUAGCUAAUCGUCGGCCGAGACGAACGAUGCAGCGUAUCCACCUCUCCUGUGGCGUUCUCAUGUCGAACCUAAUGUCGGUGCGGUGUGGUGCCCAGUGCUGAAUUUACAGGUUACGAUCUCAUGAAAGCCCAUGGCGCUCAAUCACU